CAGACGUGGGAUGGCCCCACACAACUGACAAUUUCUCAUAACUCAAAAACCAAACUCUAUGUCACUAUUCCCAAACACACUUUCAAGUCCACACACAAACCGAAUCUCAUCUUUCUCACCCGUUCGUUUCAUGUUCUUCUUUUCUUUUCUGCUAUGGAAAACGAUCCAUUCCUUCUAAUCAACCCUCAAACCUCCUCCUUCACUUCCUCUAAAUCCUUCAGCGACUUCACCACCUUACAACCACCACCACAACCACCACAACAACCACCAUCAGAAAUUCAAUCCUGCAACUUCACUCCCCACCACCACCAACAACCAUUCUCUCCUCCCAAACAAAAAAAACUCAGCCGCUGCAAAACCGCACCGGCCAUGUUCAUUCUCCCGAACCUAAAACCACCCACCACCAACCAACCUCAUCUCCCCAAACCUCAAACCAACUCCAUCAUCCGACAAGGCGUUUGGCUUCUCCUUAUCUACCUCUCCAUCGGCGUAGCCAUCUACUCUUUCAACACCAAAAACUUCUCCGGCAUAGAAACUCACCCUAUCGUCGACGCACUCUACUUCUGCAUAGUCACCAUGUGCACAAUUGGUUACGGUGACAUAGCUCCAUUAACACCAACAACCAAAAUCUUCGCAUGCGUUUUCGUUCUAGUAGGUUUCGGUUUCGUAGACAUACUUCUAAGUGGCCUUGUUAAUUUCGUUUUAGAUUUGCAAGAAAACACGAUUUUAACCGGGCUUCAAAUGGGUGCUAGGGAGGGUUUUUCAGCUAGGGAUUACAUUGUGGAUGUUGCGAAAGGUAGGAUGAGGAUUAGGUUGAAGGUUGGUUUGGCACUUGGGGUUGUUGUUCUUUGUAUUGGUGUUGGGAGUUUGGUUUUGUGUUUUGUGGAGGGUUUGGGUUGGGUUGAUUCGGUUUAUUUGGCGGUUAUGUCUGUUACGACGGUUGGGUAUGGGGAUCGGGCGUUUAAGACGCUUACCGGGAGGUUGUUUGCGGCGAUAUGGUUGUUGUUUUCGACUUUGAUGGUUGCUAGGGCUUUUCUGUAUUUGGCUGAGGCUAGGAUUGAUAGGAGACAUAGGAGAUUGGCUAAGAUGGUUUUGCAUAGAGAGAUUACUAUUGAAGAUUGGCUUGCUGCUGAUAUCAACAAUACUGGUUUUAUUAGUAAGUCAGAAUAUGUGAUCUUCAAGCUGAAAGAGAUGGGAAAAAUACAAGAUAAAGAUGUAAUGCAAAUUUGUGAUCAAUUCAGGAAGCUGGAUCCCUCUAACUGUGGGAAGAUAACAUUACCUCAUCUCUUAGAGGGAAGAACAUGACAUAAAAAAAAAUAUAAUUGUUUACAAAAGCUAGUGGUGAGACAGAAUCAAUAGUGCAAAAUAUACAUGUAUUGUUGGGAGAGAGAUUUUGUACAGACAUUAGAAUUGUGGGGAUUAACAUGAAGAAAGUUACUAGAAGAUGUAUUUUUUGAAAUCUCUAUAAAAAUAUGAAAAAACCCAUUUGUUGUAAUAUUUCACAACAAAUUUGAUAAAUAUUGCUAAUGAUUAACA